AUGUCUGACGACGUACUCGGGCUCGACCAGCCCAUUAAGCUCACCAAGCGUACUAAAAUCUCCAAAAUUGAUCUCGAUGGGCUCAUGGAUAAACAGAAAGGACUUCCUUUUAUCAUCUCUUCCUAUAGGAAACCACUUCGAGUUAUCGAACGAAACGAUCAGCGUCUUGCUGCCAAGCUUGAAAAGAAAGACCUCACAUCUUCACAGCGCAGACGCUUGAAAUACGACAAUGAAUUUCAGAACCUACAGGCGAUCCUUCAAUUCUACCAACUUUGGUGCCAUGGUCUUCUCCCAAAGGCAAAGUUCAGAGACUGCAUUUAUUUGCUUAGAUCCUUUGGAGCAAGGGACACGUCUCUCAAGAGGUACAGAAAGACACUAAUUGAGGCGGAAAUCAACAAGAAAAAGGAAGAGUUGGGUUUAGCCGUUCCGUCUGAGCAACCUCUGACUACUCAAGAGUACUCGAAAUCAGAGCAAAGGGUGAACGAGCCAGAUGACUUCUUUAGUGAAGAUGAAUUCUACGCCGAUCCUCAGGACGAGAACCUCUUCGUACGCCCGGAAGUGCCUCAUCUUGAGGAUAUCCCCAAUGAGUCGUACGAUGCAGAGAUGGAGCUUUUGCGAGAAAUGGAUUCAUGA